AUGGCUGAAACAGAAGAUAAAAGAAAAUACAAUGGUAAACAUUUAACCAAAAAAGCAAGAGAAGAAAGAGAACAUGAUGAUCAAGAUGCUAAAAAAGAUGAUAAAAAAGAAAACAAAAAGCAACAAGAAAAGAAACGUGAUGAUGAAGAUUCUAAAAUAGAUGAUAGAAAAGAAAGAAAAAAACAACAAGAAAAAGGACAUGAUGAAGCAACUGCUGAAAUUGAUGAUCGUAAAGAAAAAGAAGAAAAUAAAGAAUUUGAAGAUUUAUUAGAAACAACUGCAGGUGAUGAUGAUAAAAAGGGAUCAUCUGAUGGUAAAAGAUCAAAAUCAAAAUCAACUGGUAAAGAACCAAGUAAAAAGAAAACUAAAAGAAGAAAUUAUGAUGAUGAAGAUGAUAAAAAAUCAAGUUCUAAAAAUGGAGGAAAAGAUGAAGAAGAUGAAGAUGAUGAAGAAGAUGAUGAAGAAGAUGAAGAUGCAGAUGAAAAUGAUGAUGAUAAUGAAGAUGAUGAUGAUGAAGAUGAUGAAGAUUUAAAAGGAGAAAUUGAAGAUGAUGAUGAAGAAAAAGAUCCAUUAGUUGAAAUUGAUCAAAGUAAUAUUAUUAAAGGUAAUAAAAGAACAAGAGGUAAACAAAUUGAUUUUAAUGAAACUGCUGAAAAAUUAGAUAAAGAAAAUGGUAUAUUAGCUGAUAAAAAUGAAGAAGGUGAAACUGUUCCUGCUGAAAAAGAUGAAGCUGGUGAUGAAAAUUUAGAUGAUGAUGAAGAAGAUUAUGAAGAAGGUCAAGAAGCUUAUGAUGAAGAAGAAACUGAAGCAGUUGAAGUUUAA